GCAAGUGUGAGAGUAAUGAGAGGCGCGGGGCGCAGCCCUGCGAGAGCGGCGCGGCAGCGGCAGGCGGGCGCGGCAGACGCGGCAGUGCCUCGACCGCCGGGGCACGCCAUGGACCGGCCGAGCUCGCCGCCGCAGUCGCCGCCCCCCUCGCACUCCGGCUUCGGCGCCUUCUGCAACGCGAUCUCCGAGACCAUCUCGGGCAUGGCAACCACAUCUAGGAGUAGACGGAAGACGGACGAUGAGAAGAAGAGUAAGAAGAAGCAGGCACCGGCUGACGACCGACCGAUGGUGCCGUCUCCCAGUGAUGCUACCCUCAAAAAUCUCCGCACAGCAUUCGGCCUGCUAGACCGGGACAGCGACGGCCACGUGACGCCGGCAGAGCUGCAGUUUAUGCUGCGGAACCUCGGCAUCGAAGUCAGCGACGACCUCAUCGACGGACUCAUCAAGGACGCCAGCAAGACUGGGAACGGCCUAAUAGAUGAGAAUGACUUCAUGCAGUGGGUGACGAAGAUACAAGCAGUCCAAGGACUGGACGUCAACUCCAAUGAGGGAGACACAGAGGAAGAGAUAACUAGGGAUUUAUUAGCAGCGUUUAGGGUAUUCGACCGCGACAACAACGGCUACAUCACGAAGGACGAGCUGCGGUCCGCGCUGGAGAUCAUAGGGGAGCCCGUCACCGACGCGCAGCUCAACCAGGUGCUCGCGUUGGGUGACAUCGAUCACGACGGCCGGAUCGACUAUGAAGAGUUCGUGAAAAUGUUACUGUAAAUGAACCUGGUGAAAGACCUCAUUAGUUUGUACAGUGUGAACGAGCCUUUAUCGCAUGUAGUGUGCGUAGGAUGUUACUGAGGAAUACACGUCCAAAAAAGAACUAUAAAAGUUCUUACAGAGUUAUUUUACACAAGAGUAGAAGAGCCUGGGGGCGUGAAAGCCUCUAAAAUCUUCCGACCGAGCGAGGUGGUAUACUCGGUCAGGCCGAAGUUCACUAGAUUGAAUUCAGCUGUCGCAUAAAUACCGGCGCACUUAGAAACCUUCGAUAGCGCGAUGCAGGACUGUGGCGCUAGUUGUUCCAUUGUUCCACUACAAGCCUAACUUCAAAAGUAUAAGUAGAUUAACUCUGAAUGAACUGCAAGGUAAACGCUCAUCUGAAUAUUCUAAAUUCACCGUCCAUCUUCGUAUUUCAUAGUACAAGUUAACACUUAACUUUUUCUUGGCGCAACUUACCACAGACAAUACUACAUUUUCUGCAAAGUUUUGUCAAAAGGUGGGAGACCGAAACGGUCAUCCUUCUUUGCCAAAGGAUAUAUAUAAUAAUUAUCUGUAUUUGUCCCUACAGUUUUAAGACUUAUUUAUCCUCAUAUCGUCUUAUUAAAGACAAAAAAGUACUGUACUAUAUAGCGACAGAAGUUGUGAAAAAUAUCAAUAUUUUUUUCUAUUAUGCAAAAGCAGAUGAACGUUUAUCUUUAGAUACAAAUAAUUAAGCAUAGGUUUUGUAUAGUUUAUUCUUGUAUUAACCAAUACAUAGAGAUUAAAGUUUGCAAAUCGAUUUAAGAAUAUAAAGAAUUAAAAUUUUAUAAAUGUUGCCUUUUUCAGUUGAUGUUGGUUAAAAAGAGCUAGUAGUAUUACCGUUACGAUUUACAAAUUAUAUUUGUAAGUAAGUAAAUCAAAAUUUCUACAGGCAUGAAUACACAUACAGGCGGGGGUCCGGGAGUCGGGACAGACAUUUUAAAGUAUAAUAAAUGCAUAUAAGUCAGAUUUACACCUGUUUAAAGUGUUUGUGGUCGUUAAGAUACUAAUUAAUAACAAUUUCAAAAAUUACACUAAAAUGUAAAAUAAAUCACAAAUAAGUAAAAAUAUGCAUAUUUAUACCUAUGAAAAACUGUGGAUGUGAACAUUUGUAAUGCUUAAAUCAAAAUAUACAAUUAUAU